UGAAUUACUCAUUAGCAAAAGGGGGAAAAAUACUCCAUUGGAUGCAAGCUUGGGAUUGUCCAUGAAGCUUUCUUAUCAUUAGAGGCAUUCUCUGAUAUUGCUGACACUGAAACAUUAAAAGAAAAUUUGAGAAGCAAUGUGCCUCCUGAAGCUGCCGAUAGUUCUCAUUGUACUCUCGGUUGCAUUAAACCAUCUGAAAGCUACUCCCAUUAAAAGUCACCAGAUGGAAAAGCGGAAAUGCAACACUGCCACAUGUGCGACUCAACGCCUGGCAAAUUUCUUAGUUCGUUCCAGCAACAAUCUUGGUGCCAUUCUCUCACCUACCAAUGUGGGAUCCAAUACAUAUGGCAAGAGGAACACAGCUGAGAUUUUAAAAAGGGGACCAUUGAAUUGCUUACCCCUUUAGAGGUCAAUAUAUCUCUACAGUUCUUAUUGUUUCAUGUAUAAAUAUCCUAGUGACUUUCUGUGUAAUUUAACAUCAGCAUGAAGAUGAAUUUUUAUGUUUCAUGUUUAUUGCCAGUACAUAUAAAUUGUCAUGGUAAUAAUUGUUUUAAAUUUAAUGCUAAUUAAGAUCCCAUAAUAAAAAAGUCAAUGUCUUUAAAAAUGUUCUUGCCAUCGAUUUUUAUUUUGAAAACAUAUUUAAAAAUCAUGAUUUUGCCUAUAUCUUUAUGACAUGAGUUUGAAAACAAAAGAGGAAAUGGUGUUUGGAAACUUGGUAAAUUGUAAAUAGCUGAGAGUAAAGUUAAGAACAUUAAAAAACAGCAAUUAUAAGGACCCUGUUAAGCAAAUCCUUUUUGCAUUAGAUUUAUGAAAUGAGAUAAAAUGCUAUUUAAAAAAUUAAUUAAUCUUUGCGCCUGACUCAGUCAAAUUAUUUUUUGAAAUUAUAUUCUUUGUUGUACGUGCUGGUACUAGAGGUUAUUUAAAAAGUAUAAAAGCAAUUGUGUAUGAGGGUUUCAUUGUGUGUUAUUAUUGAUGAGCUUUUAUUAAACAUAUAUGCCCUUCAUUCUGUUCAAAUGGCUUUCAUCAAAUUUCAGUCAUAUUUUGAUGCAGGGUAUUGCAAAAGCAGCUUGUGUUCCUAUUAAUCAUGUAUGUCUUCAAUUAAAAGACCACAGAUUUGUGGAAAAUAUAUAUUGUAUGGUAACUUAUUUUGUUUGUUAAACUAAUUGGAUAUUUCUGGCAGAUGUUACAUGUAUAUGAUAUACUUUUCUUGGAGGAAGCUGUUGAAUUGGACAUGAAAUAUAAAAUUUCCCUCUAAGUCUGAUUCCUACAGGGGUAUCUGCUUUCCCCUGACCAUGAGUUAGUUACCUUUGGAAGUAGCAUUGACUCAGACGAACUGCUAUUGUGUUUUUUAUGCCAUUUCUAGAGGCAUUAAAUUUGUAUUAAAAAAAAUAGGAAAAAAAAGGAUCUCAAUCUUAGUGGGAAUCUGACUCAUGGACUUGACUAAUACAUUAAAAUUUCCCCUUAUGAAGUGUGCCUUAGAUUACCAUAUUAUAGUUGUGUGUGUGUAUGAGUGUAUAGAAACAGGAUAUGAUAUUUAUGAUGAUUUUAUAUCAUAAGUUGCAUGCUGAAAUAAAUAAAUGAAUGUAUAAAUUCCUAUUUGUGAUAUUCAGCUAUCAACCCUUCUUUCAAAGUGGAUUUGAGCAACAUUUUAAAUUGAGUGUGAUUAAGUUACAAUUUCUUAAACUUACUUAUUUAAAUUUUUCCUGUAAUAGUCUACUUUAAAUAAAAUUCUAUUGCAUAUCACUUCUA